CCGACCUCCGCGCCCUUCCGUUUCCAGCGGAAGGGGCGAUGGCGGCGGCCCGGCUGCUGCUGGUGGCGCUGGGCGCGGCGCUGGGGCCCUUCUCUUUGGCGGGGAAGAUGAAGGUCGUGGAGGAACCGAACACGUUCGGGCUGAAUAACCCGUUCUUGCCUCAGACAAACAGGCUGCAGCCAAAGACGUCCCCGUCUGCAGUAUCAGGCCCUGCACAUCUCUUCAGGCUUGCUGGCAAGUGUUUCAGUUUUGUGGAAUCAACGUACAAGUAUGAGUUUUGUCCUUUCCAUAAUGUCACUCAGCAUGAGCAGACUUUUCGAUGGAAUGCCUAUAGUGGAAUUUUAGGAAUCUGGCAUGAAUGGGAAAUUGACAACAACACAUUUAUUGGAAUGUGGAUGAGGGAAGGAGACUCAUGUGAAACUAAGAGCAGACAGACGAAGGUUCAUCUUGUUUGUGGAAGGAGCAAUAAAUUGGCUUAUGUGUCUGAGCCAAGUACUUGUGUUUACUCUCUGACAUUCGAGACUCCUCUUGUGUGCCACCCCCAUUCUCUUUUAGUUUAUCCUACUCUGACUGAAGCACUACAAAAGAAGUGGGAUGAAGCAGAGCAGCUUCUGUAUGAUGAACUAAUAACUGACCAGGGUUACAGAAAAAUACUGAAAGAGAUUUUUGAGGAAGCAGGCCUUCUAAAAGCAACAGAAGAAAAGGAAGUUGAGAAACAGAUUAAGAAAAUAAGUUUUGAAUUUGAAACAGUGGAGAAGUGCAGUAAGGAAUACAAGCAACUUUCUAAAGAAAUAAAAACCCUGAAAGAUUUAUUAAGUCAGCAUGGUAUUGCAUACAAAGGAAAUUUUGCUGAAAAUACCAGUGUUGAACAUGUGAGUCACAAACUGCCAACUGCAAUGACAACUCUUCUUAACGGGUCAAAGGAUGAUGCACACCUCCAUGGCGAUACAGGAGUUUGGAAUGACACUGGCGCGGCGCCUGCGCUUGCCCGGCACCCGGAUGUGUCUGGCGCGGCGGCGGGGCCCGGAGGGCGCGGCGGGCGCAGAUCCGGAGGACGGGGCGCCCAUCCUCUUUUCCACCAGCAAGGCCAGCCCGCGGGUGUGGAGUGUCAGCCAGUCCAUGGGGAGCGACCACGAGAGGCCGUGGGUGAAAGUGCUGCCGCUCAGCCUCCUGUGCACUGGGCUCCUGCUCUGGUGUGUGUUCAGGGAACCAACGGAGAUCGACGAGCGACUGGAAGCAGUUUUCUCUGGUCAGAUGAUGGACUCUUCAGAUGUGGCGCAGAGAAGCAACGCUCCUUUGCAACUUGAGAAGGAGAAAUGAGGAGGACGGGAAUGCGGCUGCAGUGAAGGAGCUGCCAGUAGUUUGCUGGCAUUCACCUGCUUAAAAGCUGUACUAACAAUGUAAUGGGAGAACUUGUUUUUGCAGGCUUGCCUUAUAAGCUUGAUUCCUUCAUGUGUAGUGCUGCUUUCAGUGCUGGUUUUAGUAAUCUAAGCUGGUAGCACAAAGAAUAGAUUCUUCCUGCGUUGCACCGUAGGGGUGGACAGGAUGUAUUGCAAAUCAGCUUGCAUUUGAAGAUACGUUUUAUACAACCCAUCUCUUUUUCAUGGAUCAUUUUUCUUACAUGCACAGUAUAUUAGAAUAUCAAAGCUGUAAGUCUGUAAAAUUGUUGUUGAAGGUGACCUUCAUUUGACAUUUUGCUAGUCACAGAGCAUAUUCAACUUGCAUUGAAGACAACUGUAUGUUUCAUUAAUACGUGAUUCCGUAUUCUG